AUGCCUGAAGUUCAUGGUGUCCUUAUCAUCGCCCGCAACGGCGACCGCACCGAGUUCUACCAAGAUCCGUAUACCUACGAGCCCUCCUACACCGAGUCUACGCCUCUCGGCGCUAAUCCCACCAACUUGGAAGCUAUUGCGCUCGACAUACCUGAACCCCUCUUCCCCAUCAAUGAUCAAUUGGCCGUGCACGCCAAGGCUGGUGGGGAAGGCACUGCGAUCUUUGAUAGUGCCAUAGCCGUCCUGCAAGGCCUCUAUCCGCCAAAUUCGAACAAUGAGAUCGAGCUUGCUAACGGAACGAAGAUCGUUUACUCCACUCGGCGGUUACCAGCAUUCGAGCAGCACAUCAAGGAUGUGUACGCAUCUAAGGGAUUCGAGGAGACUGCGACAUCUGCAGAACGCUUCUUUAGUGUCGUUCGCGACUACGUCUUCGGAAGGCCUACGGAGCUUGAAAAACGCUUGGAACACCUAUGCGUACCGUCUUCCACCGACUUACAAUCGAGCAGGCCCACGGAUAUGCUAGCUACCACGAAAACGCUAUCUUCUCUGACAAGGGAAAUAGGUGGAAUCGGAAACAGUGCGUUUCACUCACCUUUUGCUGGCCGUACAAUCCUUCAUCCCAUUCUCCACUCCCUUGAGCGCAUCACCUUUGAUAGCGACCCCCUCAAGUUCCUCCUGCUCGAGACGAGUUACCAGCCAUUCAUCUCGCUAUUCCACAUGAUGGAGAUGGUCAAUGAGCACCCUCAGCUCGCUGCUAUUCCCAACCAUGCAUCCGCCCUUGCCUUUGAGAUUCUUCGUGGACCUCCUCCCGAACUGCGUGAAUUCCUUCGAAUCAAAUUCAAGAACGGAACCAGCGGGGAAUUCGAGACUUAUCCCAUCUUCGGUCACAAAGGAGACAUUGCGGUAACAGAAUUCUUGUAUCGCCUUGAGAACUUUGCUAUCUCGAGCCAGAAACAAUGGGAAUCUGCGUGUGGAGUCCAUAGCGGCUACUUUGGCAUCACGUCUGCUGCCGAGAGCAUGAACGCACUGCUCACUGUCUUCUCAGCAUUCUUGCUCCUCGGCAUGUUUGCUCUGGCGUGGUUCAAGCGUAGGCGUGGAACGUCUGUUCGUGUUCAUGACGUGCUUAUUGUGGGCAACGAGAAUCGCAACUUUUGCCAUGAGUUUGGGGUGAGGUCAUAUGGGUGA